CCAAAACGCUCCUCACCUCCUUGCUUAUCUCAACUUUGCAAACGAUACCAUCUUGCAAACGAUAUCAUCACUCCGACAUGGCCGAUCCACAAGCGCCAGCCGAUUUUACCGUUGCCAUGAACUAUGUCAAAGAAUUAAAGGAACACCGUCCGGAUCUAUGGCCGCAGUUCGAGGAAUACAUCACCGAAUAUCGAACUCCACCUCGCGACCUCGACAGAUUUCAUGCCCAAGUCAAGGAGCUCUUAAAAGAUGAGCCGGACCUCUACGCUAGGUUCGAGGAAUUUUUCCCCAAGAAGAGUGGUGGGCAGGAGACGGAAGGACAAGGAGAAAACAAUGCCACUUGAAGUCUUUAACCUUGGAGAGGUUAGAUGUAAUACAGACUGGAGAUGGGAAUACUAGGGUUUUAAUCAAAAUGACGAUGGGUUUGAGUUGAGAACUGUCUAGAGUUGGAACAUCAGCUCUGAAGAAACUGGCAU